GCCUGGAUGUAGCAGUGACACCAAUGAGCUGGUGUCAGUGAGGACAGUGAGCUGUUUCCUGUCUAUGCUGCAUUUGACCCAAAGUGCACAGCAGUAGCCAAUCUCCCUUCCUGUGGCAUCAACGCUUAGGGUCGUUAUCUCUGCAAGCAUUGAUUCGUACAGCAUCCCCUCUUCCUGCACCACAAGCUUACCAGUUGCUCCUCCGCCACUCGCUCAGGGACUGCUUGGCACAACGUCUCCUCCUCAAGCUCUGGGUAUGCCUGUCAUCUUUUGGGCUUUAAUAAAGGCUGUAUUUACCCACAGCCUUGCCUGACACAUGGAACCGUUUCUCUAACAGUUCACUGUAGGCUUCACUAUGUGCUGCUCUAUGGCUGCCGGAAACAGACUGACUCGACUCUCUCUCCCUGAGAAGCUAGGAACGGGCUCACCCGCUUUAAAAAUAAGAGUCCUGUAAUAUGACCCAAAAAAUAAGUGCUAAAACACAAUUAACACAAACCUAACGUGCUGAACUUCUUUUGAACCCGCUACAUUAUCAUUAUUAUUAUCAUUAUUAUUAUUAUUAUUAUUAUUAUUACAAGGUGCGUGACGUCCUUCCGCCAACCCCCCUUCAUGGUUAGCUUUCACUUUGUGACAGACCGACUUAAAAUGGCUAAAAUGAAUAAAUAACGCGGAACUAGACAGGCUGAGAGAAACAGAUAUAUGUCUGGUGCUCAUAUAUGACUGAAUCAGCAUCGUGCCCCCCAGAAAUUCAUGUUGUACAGGCUGCGCUUCGUUAGCAGGAUUUUUUUUAUUCCAAAUCAAAAGUGAAAGUAAACAGGCGGGGGGGAUGUCCAAAGUUCACCUGCCAUUUAUAGACGAGCUCUCCAUUUUCUCAUUUUUUGCUCGAAUAAACUGCUAAAGCGCACCGGUUUACGCGUUAAAUCCAAGGAGACCCAAUGCUGUAUUGUGUAGAAUUACAGUUGUGAGCGGCUAUGCUUGAAUUGCUUGUUUUCGCUUGUCUGCUCGCGGUGGCACACAGCCUGCAGGGCGCUGAUGUGGUGCUGUCCUGCUCCUUCAUUGAGGAGGGAGGAGGGAUGAUGGGCGGAUCUCUCUUCACUCGCACUCCGGCCACUCUGGUCUUAAGAGACCUUCCCAUGUCCUCUGACCUCUCACCAGAAACUAUAACUCCAUAUAACCCCCCUGACGACCCCAAGGCUGAUGACCUCAUUUUUGAGGUCGUAGUAUCAUCAGUGGAGAUUCCAGAAGCAGAGUCUCUUCUCCAUGCUGACUGUAAUGAACAGGAGGUGGUUUGUGAACUGAGCCGCUACGUACCUCGAGGUACAGAGCCUGACGCCUUACCUGCUCAUUUCAUCGGCUCUAUUCAGAUUGAAGGGGGCGGAGUUGGACUCACUUUAGUGCUGCAGACCAUCUCCAAUGAAAAAGCAGAAUCAAGCACUCCACCACUAAUGCAGAGCAAACUUCAGCUUCCUCUCAGCCAGUGGGGAACUCUCCUCACAGAUGCUGUGUUUGUGGUGUUCUCUCGUUCGCCAUCCCUUGCAGCUCCUAUAGGAGAUGAUGCACGUUUAGACUGUGGUUACAGGCAGAAGGAUGUGUCCCCAGAGCGGAGUGUGGGGCUUGAAUGGCGGUGGCAGCACAAAGGAAACGGGCGGAGAAUUCUGGAUAUGAGAGCUCAGGGGGUUGAGACAGAUGAAGGGACAGAAGUGCAAGUGGAGCGAGAAGGGGUGAGUGCAGAUUCAACCCUGCUGAUUAGGGAUGGAAACGCAUCUCUGACCAUGAAGACGUUAAAGGUUUCAGACGAGGGCACAUACAUCUGCACUAUCAGCGCUGGAGCAUUUCAGACUCAGCAGAUUGUUCAGCUGCACAUCAUACAGCCACCCAGAGUUUUUCUCUCCGAAAAGAAAGUUGUAUUUCAGGACGAGUCGCCUCAGAAGCUGAGCUGUCACUGUGAACGCUACUACCCCCUGGAUGUGCAUGUGGAGUGGUUAUCUCAGCCCCCCUCUGAGACAGAGAGCAUUUCUCUGACGGAGAAAGCCUCUCUCUCCAGCCACCGCCAGCACAAUGACGGAACCUUCUCUCUCUCGUCUUUCCUCUUCGUCCGCCCCUCUGAACAUCCACCUGGAACCACCUUUACCUGCAGGGUCUCCCACUUUGCCCUGCAAACACCCAGUGAUGUCAGCUUGACAGUAGAAACACCCGAGCCAGGCAACUACUACUGGAUGGUCCUGGCAACACUGGUUUUGUCAGUACUGUUUUUAUAUCAGGCUUUAAGAUAGGUGCUGAAGACCACAUCUGUGAGGAACUGAAAAGAUAAGAGCUGUACCUAUUUAUCAGAGUUUUGUUUCUUUUUGUCUAAAUGGGUGUACAUUUACCUACAUUAAGCAUAAAUUUGAUUGUUGUAAAUAUAUAUAAUUGCUGUCAGACAAAACCUCAUAUCUCCAGCUUUACAGGAGAAGGAAAAAAUGUUCUUAAUUUUGAAUGGAAGCUAAAAGUAAAAGACAUUUUCUCAAGUGAUACUGGACCAUUUCUAUUGUUCCAAACAUCCUGACAUAUUAACACAUUGUAAAGGGCAACUUGUGUUUUUUAUGUAAAUUUACAAAAUGGCAAACAUGGAUAUAUAAGGUUUUGUCCCAACAUCAAUAGUAUAUUAUUUUUUACACUGUUGCUUUUCUACUGUUCCACUGUUGUUUUUUUUUCAUUUUCACAUAAGAAAAAUAGCAUGUACAGUUUGUAGAUUUCUUUAUUGGCAUCAGCAAAAGUGUUAGGGCAAAUAAGCAUGCUUCUGAAUUCUUCUCUGGAUUCACUAAAUGGUUUUAAGUGAUUUGUUUACCAGUUUGUCACUGCUACAUCAUUCAUAAAUGGCAUUUACAUUUAGCAUUGUGUCAUACAAUCUCUUAAAAUCAGUUAAAGCAAUGAAAAAUGACAAAUCUUUGCAAUAUUCAACAGCUGUACUGAAUAGAAAAAUAAUAAAGUUUGAGUCUGUGAAGAA